AUGCCCUCCUCCAUUCUCAACCUCAAGUUCAAGGGCAACAAGUCCUUCGUCGCUUUCAGCAACCUCGGCGACAGCGACGCACUCACAAAGACAUGGAAGGUGUGCACCAAGGUCGCGAGCUACCUCGAACAGGGUCAGCGACUCGAGAACCUCAGCUGGCGGCUCUGGCAUCUCCAGACCGUCAUUGUCGACACAGACAAUGCUAAAUCCAAGCGUGAAUUCAAGAAGCUCUCCAAGAAUAUGGGCGACAAGCUCGACAAGGAGAAGGGCCGCGCAAUCGAGGAGCUCGAGGCGCCCGACUUCAAGCUCAACCAGGCUGCGGAGAAGCUGCGGCAGCGCGCGGAAGAAAGAGAGCGCUCACGAUACGAGUCCGCGACACAAGGAUCAGGCCGUCCGCUUAAGCGCAUGCAAUUUACCUUCGCGGUUGACCAGCCUGCUGGUUCCUUCCAUGACGCACCUGGCCCGCUCAGCGGUGUCCGCAAGCCUGACUUGAAGCCAAGCAGCCAGUUCCGGGACACAGUCCACCGACGGCGUCCCGCGACACGCGCAAGUGCUGCGCAUGCCGAGAAUGAUCAAGGGCAGAGCACGCAUGCCCAGGACAAGGAAUAUGAAAAGGAUCCCCCGAGCCUGACGGACCUUGGCCGCAAGCCUACUCCUCCGCCCGACUUCUCGCCUGACACGAAUUCCUAUGCACAAUGGUCCCACGAUAGUAAUUCCGUUGCCGACAAUAAUCACUCGGCGACGAUACGCUUCCCGACGCUCUUUACUUCGGACUUUGGUCCAUCUGCGCUGCUGUUCACUCAGCCGUCGUUGGUCACUUCUUUGUCGUAUGGCGAAGACGCAGCAACGGUGCGUGAUCGUGAGGCCUUCCAGAUUGCCCGCCCGACCAUCGAGCUCCCUCUUGACGAAAUCCUAAAGGAAAUGUCGCGUGCUGAGUAUGAACGUGAACCGCAGAGCCCCGACGAGUGGAGCAGCCCACAGUCGAACAGCGCAAUCGACAUUGAUAUGAAGAAUGUUUUGGACACACAGGAGAAUCUCCCGUCCACAAUCCACCCUGCGCAAGUCUCCUCGAACACUGUUUCUACACCGACGCCCUCCGUAGGAGGACGCUCAGGCAAGCCUUCGUUGACCGUGCGCACCAGCUCCUCUCGUUCGAACCCUCUCAGUGCCAGCGUAACGAGUGCGACUGCCUCUACUUCUCGCAACUCAGACGGCUCCGGCUCAACCGCUCCGGGCGGCGUCAAGGCAGAAUGUAGCAACUGCGGCGCAACGCACACUCCUCUCUGGCGCAGAGGCCUUAAUGACGAGCUAAACUGCAACGCUUGCGGACUCUACUGCAAACUGCACAAAAAGCCGCGCCCCAAGAGCAUGCGCAACCAGCACGGAGAAGGUCGGCAGCAAUCUGCACCGCGCAAUGAUAACUCGGACGCUAUGGGCGAGCCCGUUCUAAUCAAUUGGUUUACAAAAAUAUCAGCUCAAUGCUAUAACUGCCAUACUACGACCACGCCUCUCUGGCGUAAGGAUGACGAAGGCAAGACGGUUUGCAAUGCAUGCGGACUCUACUUUAAACUUCACGGCUCAUCCCGACCCAUCUCCAUGAAGUCCGACAUCAUCCGCAAGAGGUCUCGUCAUGACGCACGUCGUGUAGGUUCUGGGGAGACACCCUCUGCCUCCCCAGGUGCUUCGCGCCGGCCUUCACCUUCGUCUGGUGGUUCGGGCGAGAGGCAAUCUCCGACGCUUGCACCGGAUAGCUCAACCGCCCAGCCAGCAUAUAGCUUCAGUCCAGAAGACUAUGACUUCGCGAGCUCUGCUUCUGCGGGAGUGAACACGUCGGAUUUCGGUACCGGUGGCAUGGGCAUAGGCACCGCCAGCAUCUUCUCUUCUAAUGGCCACUAUGACACAAGCAACCUCAUGUUUUCACAGCCGUCAUUCCCUGGUCCAUACCACCCUGAUUACCUUCAGCGCCCGUUUAUUUUUGGCGAAGAUGGCAAUGGGAACUAUAAUUCAAAUGUGCAGCAUGGCCAGGACGAAGAGGACCGGAUGAGCAAGCGCCGACGCAUGAGCAUUGACUCCGCGAGUGAGCCACCGUCUUCAACGACAUCUUAUUCCUCCUACCCUACCGAGGCUUCAUCUGCGACGACUGCGAGUCGGUCUUCUUUCGAUUUCGGCCUCGGCUAUGGUAGUGGCAGCGGAGCUUCGACGUUCGGGUACUCGUUCAGUUCGAGCUCAGGUGGAAGUCUUCGCGCGCAGGACGCGUAUUGGCAUCCGCCAAUGAUGCCGCAGCAGCCAGACAAGUCUCCAGCUUUCCCUGUGCAUCCACCGAUGCUUCCUUCCGAAGAUACCUCUAUGACAGUUUCAGGCGGCCACAAGGAUUUCCCAAUGGACUUCUUGCACCCACCGAUGAUGUCUAACAACAUCAAUGCCUCCGGAGGAAGAGAAGACGAACGGGAUUUCCUUUCGAGCUAUUUGCACCCACCUAUGGUUGCUAAUGGAGAUGACUCGCCGAUGUCGCAGCUCAGCGCGCUGCACCCGCCGAUGAAGACGUCCCAUGACAACUAUUAUUCGCAACACCAGAGACAGGACCAGCAACAGCAUAAUAGCUACCAGCAACACCAAGCUCAGCAGGCUUAUCAUCAGCGCCAGGCGGAACAACAACAACAACAUGAGCAGAAUGUCGCCCGCUCGUACCGACAGCAACUGAAGGAUGAGCACGAGCAGCGGCAGCAACAGCGUUUCUACGAGCAAUACGGGCUCUCGGGACUUGGUUCCUCACACUGGCGGCGGGACUACUGA